GAAGAAAGAAAGCGCGAUAAUAAAAUAUACUGAACGACACGAGCGGAGGAGGCCGCCGGGGGAGAGGGCGCCACUUCUCGCCUUCCCUUAUGCGUUUUCGCUCUUUUUUUUUUCUUUCCUAAAAAAAGAUUGCAGCGUCAUUUUUAUUGAUUGCCUACAGGAUUCACUGGAUUCUCCCUAAUAAAGAGGGAAAAAUCAAAUUCUCUGCAGGUGUUUGUUGUAUCAGAGCAGCAUGGCUGUGGUCAUCCGCUUGCAAGGUCUGCCUAUAGUGGCUGGGACCAUGGAUAUUCGGCACUUCUUCUCUGGAUUAACCAUUCCUGACGGUGGCGUACAUAUUGUAGGGGGUGAGCAGGGUGAAGCUUUCAUCGUUUUUGCCACCGAUGAAGAUGCUCGACUUGGUAUGAUGCGCACAGGUGGUACAAUCAAAGGGUCAAAAGUGUCACUGUUGUUGAGCAGUAAGACUGAAAUGCAGAACAUGAUUGAACUUAGCCGCAGGCGCUUUGAGACUGCCAGUGUUGAUAUCCCACCUGCAAAUUCUAGCCGCCCUGGGCCUCCACCAAAUCCAACAAUGAGCACUACUCCUGUAAUGAGCAGAGUUAGUAUGCCAACAACUGUGCCCAACUAUAGCAGUCCUCCCGCUAGCACAGUCUCUACAGUUACCUCUGCUGUUGAUAGCAGUAAGAGUGUCGCCACUUUCUCUACAGCCAAUGUUGGAAAUGCUCCACAGAGUCUUGGUGGAGCUUUCUGCAAUCCAACUUUUACUUCUCCGAUGCCCAGUGUUGCUCCUCAGUUGCCAUCUGUACCACCACCUCCAAUGCCUCCAAUGCCAUCAGUACCAACCCUACCACCAAUGCCAUCCAUGCCUCCUAUGCCUGUUCCUCCUCCUGUGUCUUCCUUGCCUCCAGUCCCUCCUAUUCCCCCAAUACCGCCAGUUCCUCCAGUACCACCUAUGUCUUCUCUUCCUCCAUUGACUGGAAUACCACAAUUAAAUCCACCACCUGUUGGUCCCUUGCCUGCAGGGAUGAAUGGCUCUGGGUCCCAGAUGAAUAGUAACAUUAACCCGUUGUUUCUUGGUCCUGUAAAUCCAAUUCCAUUAAGUUCUCAAAAUGCAAUGAAACCACCUCCACCUCCUCUUAACCAUGAUGACCCAUAUGUAGCGCUUCAUGGUUUGCCUAUUCCUGUGUUAGAGAAUGAUAUCAAAGAGUUUCUUCAUGGUUUGCGCAUAGACGGGCUGGUCCUUUUAAAGGAUCAUAUGGGUCGCCCCACAGGCGGGGCAUUGGUGAAGCUUCUUACUCCACAUGACACAUAUGAAGCUUUAAAACGGAAUAGAAUGCUAAUGGGGCACCAUUUUAUCGAAGUUAACCCAGCAAGUGAGAGACAGUGGGUAAUGUCUGGUGGACACUUGGGGAAACACAGUGCAGGACACCAUGGACCACUGCAUAUGAUGCAACCACCAAUGGGCAGGUCCAAAUCGCCUAACCGUCGGCGUCGUUCCAGGUCUAGGUCUCCACAUGAGCAUGGUUUCUGCAUUUAUUUGAAAGGCCUUCCCUAUGAGGCGGAAAAAAAACAUGUGGUUGAUUUCUUUAAGAAACUGGACAUUAUUGAGGACAGCAUAUAUAUAGCUUAUGGACCCGGUGGUAAGGCUACUGGAGAAGGUUUUCUGGAAUUUAGAAAUGAAAAUGAUUUUAAAACUGCACUAAAUCGGCAUAAACAAUAUAUGGGCAAUCGAUUUAUCCAAGUUCACCCGGUUACAAAAAGUCAAAUGAUAGAAAAGAUAGAAAGUAUCAGGAAAAAAAUGCAGAGUUUCAAUUAUGUUGAUCAUAAAGAUUUGUCACUUGAAAUGGAGCAUCGCCCUAGACUGUGGGGACACCUUUCAAAUUUGCCAUAUAACAUAUCUAGGAAAGAUGUAUUUCAUUUCUUUAAUUUAGAAGGAGUUGCUGUGGAAGAGAACAGUGUGCAUGUCUUGAUAGAUAACAAUGGUCAAGGCUUAGGACAGGCGCUUGUUAAGUUUAGGAGUGAAGAUGAUGCUCGUAAAUCUGAGCGCCUAAAUCGUAAGAAGUUAAAUGGUAGGGACGCUUUUUUGCGUGUGGUGAGUAACGAAGAACGGAAAGACAUUGAAGUCAAUCCUCCCAUAAUAGGUAGGAAGGGAUUUAAAAUGCAAAACUAUAGUAACCCACCUGAGGCACUGCGGUCCAGUGGAGAUGAAUUUUCCUUUAUUAACAGUAACCUAAAUGACAACGAUGGUCAGAACUUUCUUAUGCCCAGUAAAUUCAGUGGACCAAGUAGUACCUUUGCUCCUCCUCUUCCCCCACCUGCAAUGGGAAUUGGAUUUGUAGAUCCAAGACCACCACCACCUGGAGCAUCAAAUGUGAAAAACUCUCCCAUUGAUCCCCCAGAAUUUGUGGGCGGGCCAAGUCAUUUUAAUGUCCCCCCCACUGGAUUUGCAGCUGGUCCUCCACCGUUUGGUAGCGGACCUGCCAAUGCAAGUGCCCCACCAAACUUCAACACAGCACCUCCAAAUAUACCAGGUAGUCCUGGCGGUAUGAAUCCCCCUCCUGGUUUUGGUCCAGGGGGAAAUCUGCCAGUUAGUGGACCGCCAGGCUUUGGAAAUGGGUCUGCGCAACCAGGGCCAACAGUAAUCCGGAUCCAAAACAUGCCCUUCACAGUUACUGUAGAUGAAAUACUAGAUUUCUUUUAUGGUUACCAGUUGAUACCUGGUUCUGUGUGCUUAAAGUACAGUGAGAAGGGUAUGCCUACAGGAGAAGCCAUGGUUGCUUUUGAAUCCCGCGACGAGGCAAUGGCAGCUGUGGUUGAUUUAAAUGACCGGCCAAUGGGCUCAAGAAAAGUGAAACUGGUUUUAGGUUAAUACAUUCCUACAUUUCUGUAUGACUACACUAUGUUUUCUACUGUGACUGACAGACAUUUACAGGGCAAGGCAUCUACAUUUUGUUGAUUUAGGUGAAUUGUGUAAGCGUUUGCAGAACAAAUCACUGUUUAGGGCAUGCUUUGGUUACUUCAGAACUUGCUAAGGCAACUGAUUUAGUUGUUUCUUUUCCUUGUCUUUUUGGCAGUGUUAAUUCUGAUUAAGUAUAUAUUUUUACAUUGAAAUGUAUUGUUUGAUGAACACUUUGUGGAAGUGAAACAAGUCAAUUUUUGUAAAUGUGCAAAUUGUACAACAUAGCACCUUCAGAUCAACAACAUUCAAUAAUGCUCUUUACCAAAAUUCUGCCUGAAAAAUUUGCAAACCAGGUCUUUGUACAGUGGAAAUAACUUGUAUAUAAUUUUUUUCUUUCUUGUAUGGAAUACAAAUUUUGCCACGAGCUACUAAGAAUACACAGGUGUAAUUUCUUUAUUUUUUCUAUGUGUUAACCAUCAAGGUGUUCUGAUCCUGUAUCUCAUGAGCUAUUGCAGCGCUGUGAAAAAAAAAAUCUAUUUUGUUGUCAGUCUUGCCUUUUUAGGUGGUUUAGAGGCAAUUCAUUUUAUAAGGGUCAGCUGACUCUUUUCCCCACGGGCUUAAAUUGGUUUAAAACAGGGAUGCUCAACCUGCGGCCCUUCAGCUGUUGCAAAACUACAACUCCCAACAUGUCCUAAUAGCUGUAGGUGUCCAGGCAUAUUGGGAGUUGUAGUUUUGCAACAGCUAGAGGGCUGCAGGUUUCACAUCCCUGGUAAAAAAAAAAAAAAUUAGAUUUCUCCCUGCUACCUCCAUUUUGACACUUCCUGAGGCCCUGCUGGUCUCUCCUUCCUGGUCUCUUUUGUGUUACCGCUAGCUGUGGCCAGUGAUUGGCUGAGCGAGAAGGACCCGGAAACAGACUGGUGGUGCGUCCAGGAAGUGUGGGGACACAGGGGCUCUGUGAGCCAAGAAUCGUACUAUAAAGAAAAAUCUUUUUCACCAGUCUAACUUGUUAAAUCAAUGUGCAUGACCUGCAAAAAACACUUGGUUACCACGUCACAAAAUAAAGCCUCAUGCACACGAACGUGUUUUAGUUUCCUUGUCCGUUCCGUGUUGUAUAAGGAUGCCAAAUGGACGUCAUCCUUAUCUUUUGCGGAUCUGUGUUUUGCGGACCGCAGAACACAUACGGUCAUAUGAAUGUAGCCUAAUGCAGCAGUUGCUUUAAAAGAAAAUGCAGGUUAAUGUUUUUGUUGCGCUUUUUUUUUUUUUUUACUGCAAAAACCCGUACACUAUCCUGAGCAUUUAUUUUUUAAAUAUCUGUAUAUUAUCCAGACAACACCUUUUUUAUCUUGCGUUUUAUUUGGUAUUUUUUGUGUUCUGCAUAAAGUGAGCUAGUGGCAAAGGUUUUUAUUCCAACGGUUUGCAGAUUCAGCUGCUUAAGAUUUGUUUCCUUUGAGGAAGGUGGGAGUACAAGGUGGACCCUGCUUUUAUUUUCUCUUGAGAAGAUUGUACAGAUUGAAGCAAGAGGGGCUUUCCUUUAUGCACCUUGUGUGAUGCUUUUCAAUGUAUCAAGUGGCUUUGCCACCCAAGGGUUAACGUUAGAGAUGAGCGAUUUUCCGCUUAUGAAAUUCGUUCACACUUGAAAUUCGUUUGGUGGUAAAAGGUGAAUUGCGUUAUGGAUUCCGUUGACGGACCAUAACGCAAUUCUAUGAAGGACUGUAUAACAGAAUGCCUUUUAGAAGCAUUCCAUUAUUUAUUCAGUCAUAUUAGAAGUCUAUGGGCUGCAUAACUGAUCCGUCUUGCAGCCCAUAGACUUCUUUUAUGACGGAAUGCCUCAAGGCAUUCCGUUAUGCAUUCCGUCAUAGAAUUGCGUUAUGGAUUCAGUUACCACACACCAUAACGCAAUUCACCUUUUGCCACCAAACGAAGUGUGAACGAAUUUCAACAUAUCAUCUCUAGUUGACACCUGUCUGAGAACAAUACACUAUGUACAAAACAGUUUUCAGUUUAAUAAAUUGUAUAUCCAUGUGAAAAUGUGCAGCUUGGUUCUUCAGGCUGUGAACUGUGGACCGCUUCUGUACUGUGCAAUUUGAUCAGGUUGUAACAUUUUGAAUGAGUUGCAACGUGAAUUGUGGUAGAUGCUAAAAAUGCUUCAGACCAUAAUCUCCAUGAUUCCAGUUACUUUAUUGCUCGAAAAGUGACAUUUUAUGGCUUGCAGAAGUGGUUAGAAAAUGUGCUAGUUUCCAAACGUCUGCUGGUCAUUUUAAAGAUAAAAAUGCAUAGGUAACCUUUCAAUUUUCUUGCUGUUCCCCAGCUCAUUGUGUAAUCUGUUUCUAAAGAGUAGCACGUGUGGAAUUUCACUACUAGAAAUGUUACAUGUGCUUUGAAAAUUCACAAUUAUGCAUCACGUUUAGUUUAGCCUACACGUCUAUUUAGAAUAUAUCUGCUUUAUCCUUUAUCACUGGUUUAAUCUUGGAUCUCAAGGAAAUAUUGUGGAUGCUGUAAAUAUGAAAUGUGAAAUAAAGUGAUAUUUCUUUGGCUCCAGAGGAGAGAGCAUGGUUCAGCGUGAUAUGCAGAUGGAUAUAAAUGGUUGAUUUGUUCGGUGUUAAUCAUCUGCUUGAAACGUUAUAAUAAAGUAACGUGUUUUUACCCCUUUUUUGUGACUACAUAAAAAGAAAAAAAACUUGCAAAAA